AUGUCUACAAACGUUCGAUCGGAGCGACUGGCCAAAUAUCUCGGAGCCGUCAUCCAUGGAAAGCAAGAAGUCCAGCAUCUGAACGAUUUCAAGCGAUUUGUUGAAGCAGUUCUGGACCAAAGUGAUCCCGGAACUGUUGUUCAGCGAAUUAUCUCAAGCAAAAGCGCUCUAAACGCCUUGCAAAAUGGACUGAGGUUCAACCUCACCCCGGUCUUCAUUAACGGGCACACUGCAAAGUUGAUUCAGUACUUGAAUCACCGCGAAGUCAAGCUCCUUUGCAAUGGUCAAUUUCUUGAGCAGCUUCUUCUCAUCAUCCUGGAGCCUCGUGCCCUCUGGCACGCAUUUCUGGAGGCGUUCCGCACUCGGAAACUGGAAGAGCAUGCAAUACAGGCUCUAUGCUGGUUGAUGACGGAGUUCCUUUCACUGUCUCCCUCUUGUGGGGUAGAUAUUAGAGCCGAUGCUCAGACUAUCUUGGACGAUGGUUCGCUUUUUUCCUCGCCCUCGGCUGACAUUCGAAACUUGGGCCAUAAGAUCAAAUUGCAUCUGGAGAUGAAAUCACCUGCAACCACCUUCCAGCACUCUGAAAUCAUUGCAGGUGGUCGGCAUGAUAAUGAUUUUGCUGACUUUCGCUUGACAGCCAUUUUUCCCACAGCCGAUGAGAUGAGAUGUACGGAGAAACCGUUCUAUCGCCGUGCUGAAGAUAUCGCGCAGCUAUCCAGUAGUCAACGCAUUGCGGGCCACGUUGACAAUCAGUUUCGUCUUUUACGAGAAGAUAUGCUCUCGGAGCUCCGCGAUGACCUUCUAGUUGUCAUAGGCACCAAGAAAGGGCGACGGUCAGCUUUCCGCUUAAGGAACCUCUUCCUCGCUCAUGUUCGUUGCACUUCUGGAACCCAAAACCACCUUCGACAAUGUACCAUUGGUGUUACUGCCCAGUUUGGCCUUGAAAAACUCAAGAAACUCUCGGCCGAUAAUCGCAAAAAUUUCCUCAAAACCACGCCCCAGUUUGUCAAGCAUCGUUCCUUUGGUUGUCUGGUUAGAGACACAGAGAUCGUGGCUUUUGCUACCAUUGAAAGAGACAUCGAUGAACUGGUAUCUAGCCCUCCAGUGGUCAUGCUGCGUAUUGCAGGUGAAGACGCGCUCAAAAAGUCUCUGCUUUACCUUAAGCUCUACGAAGACGUGGAGUUCCUGCUCGUAGAUACAGCAAUGUUCGCAUACGAGCCCAUUUUGAAAUGCUUGCAGGAGAGGAUAGAUAUGCCUCUGACAGAAGAGUUGUUUCUUUACGAAAGAGGCCAGCCGGUGAAAGAUUCGAGUUUAGCUCCUUGGAAUGUGGUCUACAAGUUGAAAGAAGAAUAUGGAUGUAACAUCCAGGGCACUCUUCAAACUUCAAUGCCAGUGAUAUUGGACCCUUCACAGCUUGACUCUAUGUUGGCCGGCUUGACACAGAGAGUGAGUCUUAUUCAAGGACCACCAGGUACGGGCAAGUCAUUUAUAGGUGCCCUUCUCGCAAAGACCCUGCAUGACAGUACAGAAGACAAGAUAUUGGUUAUGUGCCACACCAAUCAUGCCUUAGACCAGUUCCUAGAAGACUUACUAGACAUUGGUAUUGAUUCCUCUGCCAUGGUAAGGCUUGGAUCUAAGUCGUCACAACGCACUGAGCCGCUUGGAUUGUUCAAGCAGCACUCAUCCUACAGGAGGAACCACACCACUUGGAGCACUAUCAAUGCACUCAAAGCGGACGGAAUUGAACAUAUGGCCAAUUUGAAUAACUCCUUUCAAGCCUACAAAAAUCUUGCAGCUACUUCUGCGUCUAUCCUGGACUAUCUGGAGUUUGAGGAACCAGAGUAUUUCACCGCUCUGACCGUACCAGAGGACACAAAUGGCAUGGUUAUGGUCACCAAGAGUGGAAAACCAAUCAGACAAGAUUACCUUUACGGACGAUGGAUCAUGAACCAGGACCCAGGAGUGUGUUCUGCUCUUCUUCCCGCUCAUUGUCGCGACAUCUGGAAACUGGACCCGAAAAUACGGGAAGAGAAAGACAGGCAUUGGAAGAGAGCUCUGCUGAGUGAACAGGCGCAGUCUUUGAGCGUCAGCAUAGCAUUAUUCAACAAAUGCCAAAACCGACUGAGCACCGCCCUGGGUGAGAAAAACCGGGAAAUUUUGAAAUCAAAGCGAAUCAUCGGCUGCACCACAACCGCCGCAGCAAUGUAUUCUGAGGACAUUCGGCAUGCUUCACCAAGCAUCGUGCUUCUCGAAGAAGCGGGUGAGAUUCUUGAGUCCCAUGUACUUACGGCAAUGACACCGGAGACCAAUCAUUUGAUCUUGAUAGGAGAUCAUCAACAACUACGACCAAAGAUCAACAGUUACAGCUUGAGCACGGAGAAAGGAGAUGGGUAUGACCUGAACGUCUCCCUUUUCGAAAGACUCAUACGUGCCGGGUUUCCACAUACGACCUUGAGCAAGCAGCAUCGGAUGUGUCCCGAGAUCUCAAGUCUUAUACGCAAUCUCACAUAUCCCGAGCUGGAAGACGACGAAAAGACGAAGAGCCGCCCUUGGCCACGAGGGCUGUGCGACAGGGUGAUAUUUUUCCAUCAUCAAAACCCCGAAGGCGUUUUCGUUGAGGUCUCUGACCGACGUGAUGAGAAUUUGAAAGGCAGCAAAAGAAAUGCGUUCGAGGCAGAAAUCGUUCUCAGGAUCGUGAAGUAUCUCGGACAACAGGGGUAUGGAACAGAAAAGUUGGUAGUGCUAACUCCUUAUUUGGGUCAGCUUAGUCUACUGCAGCAGACUCUAAGCAAGCAGAAUGACCCAGUGCUAAAUGACCUCGAUUCCCAUGACCUUGUCAAAGCAGGCCUUCUCUCACAGGCUGGUGCUUCCCACUUUAAGCGUCCAAUCAAGCUGUCUACAAUUGACAAUUUCCAAGGAGAAGAGAGUGAGAUUGUUAUAGUGUCGCUCACCCGCAGCAACACGAUUGGCGACAUAGGAUUUAUGGCAGCGCCCGAGCGCCUCAACGUUCUCCUUUCCCGGGCCCGAAAUGUCCUCAUUCUGGUCGGAAACUCGGAAACGUUCGUCUCUAAUCGAAAGGGUCAAAAGUACUGGAAGCCAUUCAUUGAUCAACUGAAGUCGGAGGGGCAUCUAUACGAUGGACUGCCCGUCCAAUGCGAGCAGCAUCCCCAGACAAAUGCCAUUCUUCAAACAGUAGAAGACUUCAACAGGGAAUGCCCGGAUGGAGGAUGCUCUGCCCCUUGCGGCGUGAAACUGAGUUGCGGAGCUCAUGAGUGUCCGUCAAAAUGCCACCAGCUUGCCGAUCAUUCAAAAAUGAAGUGCACAAAGAUCGUGAAAUGGAAUUGUUCCCGGGGUCAUUCCUUAUCUCUGUCCUGUUCCCAGGUUAAACGUUCGUGUCAUUUCUGCAUCCAAGAAGAUCAGGUCAAAGAGCGCAAGCGUAAACGCGAUCUCGAGUUAGAGAACGAACGGCAAAGAAAGCAGAACGAGUACGCCCAGCAACUUGCAGAGGCUCAGGAGGAAGCAUCCCAUCUCAGGCGUGUGCGACGCGAUGAAUUCGAUGAUGCAGAGCGAGCGAGGGUUCUUGAACAACACCGCCAGGAAAUUGAGGACUUGAAGAACCCCCUGCGAUCAGCAUGCCCUCCGCGGAAACUGGGCUCUGGAACAAUUGCGAGUAAACAAUCAAUCGUCACAGAAGAAACCCCUGAUUCUACCGGUACAAUCACUCGACGCCCUAGUGUUCAGCCUACAAGUCGACAGGUGAUGCCACCGCCAAAGACAUCGGCCGCUAAAAAAGACUGGGGCUAUCAAAAGCAGUUUAAAAACGCUCAAAGUCCGGAGAUUGACAAGUUAAUCGACCUGAUCGGACUUGAAUCAGUGAAGGCAAAGUUCUUGUCCAUCAAAGCCAAAGUGGACGUUGCCAUCAGACAGAACAUCGAUUUAAGCCGUGACCGAUUUGGAUCCGUAUUACUUGGGAAUCCUGGUACCGGAAAAACCACCGUUGCCCGUCUGUAUGCAAAGUUCCUAUCGUCCAUGGGGAUCAUUCCCGGUGACAAAUUUAUUGAAACAACCGGGUCCAGGCUGGCGAACGAUGGUGUUUCAAGAUGUCAAAAAACCAUCGAAACCCUCUUGAAAGAUGGCGGCGGUGCCAUCUUCAUUGAUGAAGCGUAUCAACUCGUCAGCAACAGUUUCGGUGGUGCCCAGGUUUUGGACUUUCUUUUGGCUGAAGUUGAAAACCUCACAGGAAAAGUGGUCUUCAUUCUUGCGGGAUACCAACGACCGAUGGAGAAGUUCUUUGCGCACAAUCCAGGGCUCCCUAGUCGUUUCCCUCAUGAGCUGAAGUUUGCAGAUUUUGACGACACGGAGUUAAUGCAGAUCUUGGUUGGAUGCAUCGAGAAGACAUACAGAAAGCAGAUGAAAGUUGAGGAUAACAUUGGAGGACUUUACUGUCGCAUUGUCGCUCGUCGAAUCGGGGGUGGGCGUGGCCGUGAGGGUUUUGCCAAUGCUAGAGCCGUUGAGAAUGCCAUGUCUAAAAUUUCCGAGCGACAAGCUGCACGACUUGUCCUGGAAGGACGACAGGGUAGCACCAAGAUAGAUGACUUUUUCCUCAGCAAGGAAGACAUGAUCGGUCCAGAUCCAUCGCAGGCUUUGAAAUUGUCUGAUGCUUGGAAAAAGUUACAGACCAUGAUUGGUUUGGACGCUGUUAAGAAGACGGUGGAGGCCAUUCUAGACACCAUGCGCUACAACUACCAACGUGAGCUAGAGGAGAAGCCCCUGGUUCUGUACAGCCUCAACAAAGUUUUUCUGGGAAACCCCGGGACGGGGAAGACUUCAAUCGCAAAGAUCUACGGUCAGAUACUUGUGGAUAUCGGCUUUUUGUCUAACGGCGAAGUGGUGGUGAAGAACCCGUCGGAUUUUGUUGGCAGCGUGAUGGGAGAGUCUGAGAAGAAUACCACAGGGAUACUCGCGUCUACAUUGGGCAAAGUCCUAGUGAUUGACGAGGCCUAUGGACUGUUCGCUGGAGGCACCUCAGAGGGAGCAAAUUCCUUGUCUGACCCAUACAGAGCUGCCGUGAUCGACACCAUUGUAGCAGAAGUACAAAGCACACCAGGUGACGAUAGGUGUGUCUUGCUUCUGGGCUACAAAGAUCUUAUGGAAGAGAUGUUUCAGAAGGUCAACCCUGGCCUCAGCCGACGGUUUCCACUGGACCAAGCAUUUGUCUUUGAAGAUUUCACCUCGAACGAACUGGAUGCGAUACUGAAUCUGAAACUCAAGGAACAAGGAUUUGGAAUAACUGAUCUUGGCCGCCACGUGGCAUUGGAGAUGCUCGAGCGUGCUCGCAACCGUCCACAUUUUGGAAAUGCAGGCGAGAUUGAUAAUCUGCUCAACACCGCGAAGAUGCGGUAUCAAAAGCGUCUCUCUUCCGCCAAAUGCCCUGAUUCUGUUCCAUGUUCUACUCUUGAUGCUCCUGACUUUGACGAAGACUUUGAUCGCGCUACCAAGAAGCAAAGUGUUGAGAAGAUUUUUGAAGGCGUCAUCGGCUGUGAAAGUAUCGUUGCCAAACUGGAAGGUUAUCGACAAAUGGCUCAGAGCCUCAGGCGACUGGACUUAGAUCCUCGCACACAAUUGCCAUUCAACUUUGUUUUCCGUGGCCCACCAGGUACUGGGAAGACAAGUACAGCCAGGAAGAUGGGUCAAGUCUACUACGAUAUGGGCUUGUUGGCUUCAAAUGAAGUGGUAGAAACCUCAGCAACCGACCUGGUGGGUCAAUAUGUAGGCCAGACAGGCCCGAAGACACAAAAAGUUCUAGAAAAUGGACUUGGAAAGGUGCUCUUCAUUGACGAAGCCUAUCGGCUCGCUGAGGGACAAUUCGCCAAAGAGGCCAUGGAUGAGAUUGUGGACGGCAUUACCAAGCCCAGGUUUGCGCACAAGCUAAUCAUCAUUCUAGCCGGUUAUGAUAAAGAUAUCAACCGUCUCAUGUCAAUAAAUCCGGGGCUCACAAGUCGUUUCCCAGAGUCUCUUCAAUUUGACCCAUUGUCCCCGACAGACUGUAUCAAGUUAAUUUUGAAGCUCUUGUUGAAAGAAAAAAAUGACCUCUUGAGCAAGUCACAGGUCCAAUUCGACUUGGUCUGCUUGGAGAGCCCAGACUUCGAGUUUAUGGAGGCUAUGCUGCAGCGCUUUAAUCGACUAUCAAAAACUGCCGGCUGGGCCAACGCACGAGAUGUUGGAACGCUCACAAAGACAAUCUUUGGUAAAAUUCUCCAGUCUUCCAGCGGAACGAAGCUGGUGCUGAGCAAAGAUACGGUGCUCGAAGCCCUCAACUCCAUGAUCAAUGAGCGAUCCAGCCGGGAAGUCUACCUGCAAAGCUCUCUCUCAACUGCAAUCAAAUCGGGAGAGCAGACAGACCUGGAUGUACGUACUCAAUCUUUGAACAAGCCUGUCACCAAGCUGGAUAAUCAAGGCUCGGCCAGCAAAGACAUCACCUCCGGCAAGGAACCAGACACGAGAGAUCCUGAAACAGACAGCUUCACUGCCACCACCAUGCGAGAUGCUGGUGUUUCCGACGAAGUGUGGAUUCAACUCGAGAAGGACAAAGCUCUGGCAGAAGCCAAAGAGAAAGAGUUCUUCCGUUUGAAGGAGGAAGAGGAAGAGCAACAGAAGACGAUGUUGAAAAAGAAAUCGGAGGAGAAGAAGGCAGCACGAGCGCUGCAAAAUGCAAAAAGACAAGCAGAUGAAGAGGCCCAAAGACUCCAUGAAGAAGCGUUGCUUCAGCACGAUUUGGAAUGCAGGAGGCAGGACACAAUCUUGAAUAAUCUCCGCAAGCAGCAAGAGGCUUUGGCCGAGGCGCGUCGUAAGGAACAAGCUGACCAGAUGAAACUGCGUUCUAUGGGAGUCUGUGUAAUGGGCUACCAAUGGCUUCGACAAAGUGGCGGAUACCGAUGUGCUGGUGGCUCCCAUUGGGUCUCUGAUGUUCAGCUUGGAAAUUUUGAGCUUGGAGGAGAUCUUUGA